CGUAUGUACUUCGUGCUGAGUGAUCAGCGAGUUCUGCCGCGCGAUUUACGAGUUCUUUAUCUUUAGCGGCGACUCGGCGCGGCUUUGAUACUGGAGUGGAGUUUUAAACAUGAGUGAUACUGGUCACGCGGAUAUGUUGACCACCGACACCGCGCGACUGACAGCUGAUUCCGGCUUCAGUGAAUUGUUGAGAUCGGCGGAACAGUUGUCCGCAGCUGUCGAGGGAAAUGAGGAUCUGCCGCAGGUCGAGAGGAAUCUCCGGCAGAUAUUGGAGGCAUCCAACGAACUGUGGUCUCGUGUCACGCAAACCAGCACUCAAGACAACGAGGCGCAAGCGCAUCUUUUAUUGGGUUCCUUGGGAAUAGAUUUGCCACAAAUCUCGCAGAAAUUGAACUCACUCAGUGCAAGGCGCACGUUUGAGCCCCUGGAACCUAUCGCGGAUACUGACGUUGUCAGUUAUCUCAGAAAUGAGAAGGAAAAUGCAAUCCUUUCCAUCAUCGAGCAGGUCCACAAGGAUACAUUUGAGCUUACCGGAGCUCAACAAAUGGAGUAUAUGCUGGGCAAAUGGAAGCAGAUGCGUUUUGAGAUAAUAAACGCGAUGACCGCACCGUCCGGUGAACUGGUGGAUUUGCGUGGGGCGCCACAACGUACAAAGCUAGCUGGUUCGAUGGUCAGCGGUCUCUCCAAUGUAGAAGUUGCAUACGUCAAGGAGCUGCAGAAUUACAACGAUCAUGUGCUGAGGGGUAUCACCCGGCCUAGCCUGUUCGUCGCGUUUCUCAAGGCCUCUGAGUCCUUUAACGACAAGAAGAUCGUUGAUUUAUGGCAGAUGGUGAGAUGCAUGAUCGAUAUUCCGCCAAUACCGAGGAAAGAUCAGAUCAAGUCUAGAAGCACUCCAGCGACCGAACAGAAGAUCGUCUCGCAAGCCAAGAAGUAUCUGGAAAACCGAUACAGGGACUUCAUGAAUUCGAUAAUCAGUGAGAAUCUCGUACAGGCGAAACGCGGUGGCCUUCCGGGUACCUUACCUCUGGUCAAGAGCUUCGUGGGUCUCAAAGUGCAAAGCAUGAGGGAUCUGGAGGACGUCGUGGUCGAGGACAAGCCACUGUGGCCCUUGGUGUACUACUGCAUGCGAUCCGGCGACUACAGAGCCGCGUUGCAGUGCCUGGACCAGUGCAGCGUGGAGUUUCCGAAAUUCAAGGCGGCUCUCGAGGAAGCUUGCGACGAUCCGCAGCAGCGUGCGAGCAGCCGCGCGGAAUCCAUUCUCAAACUGCAUUACAGGAAACAAGUGCGAUCUGUCAACGAUCCGUACAAGAGGGCGGCACACUGUGCGUUAGUACCCUGCGAGCCGGACGACCUACAUUCCGAAGUUAUAGCCACUGCCGACGAUUAUUUGUGGUUGAAACUGUGUCAAGUGAGAGAUCAGGAAGACUCCGAGAACAAACUCACGUUGGAUUACUUGCAGACCACAAUCUCGGAAAUAUACGGGGAAACUUACUAUCACGCACAUGAACAGCCAUUUUUGUAUUUCUCGAUGUUGUUCCUGACCGGACAGUUCGAAGCGGCAAUAGAAUUUUUAGCGACAGGUGCCGGUGCGAGACAUCUGCCGCAUGCGGUGCACCUCGCGGCGGCUAUGCACGAGCACAAUUUGUUGUCCGUCAGUCAGAGCGUUCUAGCGCCUCUGAUAAGCGUAGAUCCCGCCGAUAAGCCACCAGCGAAAAGACUGAAUUUCGCCAGACUGAUACUGUUGUUCGUUAAGAGAUUCGAGUUGUCAGACCCGAAAGAGAGUCUUCACUAUUUAUUUUUAUUGAGAUGUAUGAAGGAUCCGUAUAAUCGUAACAUGUUCGCCGCGGCCGCCGCGGAAAUGGUAGUAGACGCUUCUCCCGCGAACCGCGUCUUGCUAGUCGGCAGGCUCGAGAAGGAUCGGAGAUUGCCAGGAAUCUUGGAUCAAUUCCAGAUCAAUUCGGACGACGUGAUUAAUAUCUGUGCGGAAACGUUGUACAGGAAAGGUCUGCUGGAAGACGCGGUCGUCAUGUACGACCUGGCUGGUAAUCACGACAAGGUUCUCACUUUGAUGUGCACGCUUCUGACGCAAGUGGUCAGCCAGAAGGGAUCGCCCGACUCCCGCAGAACGCGAUUACAAGCUACAGCUAUGGAUAUCAGUACAAGAUACAAAGACAUCGCGAUUCAAGCACCCUCCGAAGUGGUGUCUUCGUUCUAUACCUUGAGGAACCUCAUGGUGUUCUUUGAUCAGUUCCACAACGAGCAGUAUCAGAGUGCCCUUAGGACGAUCGCGGACUCGAAGUUGUUGCCUCUCCACGUGAAGGACGUCGACGAAAGAGUGAACGCUCUACGUCGAGUGUCGCCCGAAGUUGCUGGCACGUUGGCCGACGUUCUCCUGGCCACUAUGACAAUAUUAUACAGGCAGUAUCAGAAACUGCGAUCGGUAGAACCGGGCGAUGAGAUCGCGAGGGAGCAGCAGCUGCACGACCUCCGCGAACAGGCCCGAGCGUUAACGAGCUUCGCGGGCACCUUGCCGUACCGUAUGCCAAACGAAACCAACAGCAAACUUGUACAGAUGGAGAUCCUUAUGCAUUAAAAUCGAUUGUCAUUAAGCGUUGUCACUAAAA